AUGACUGCCGCAUCCUCAUUAGCCCACGACGACAUUCACCUCAUUCGUGCAUACUCACCCGACAUCAUCCAGCAGACAUGGUCCAACAACCGCGCGGAAUGGGGACCCUCCCUCGACGAGGAGACCUACUUCGCCCGCGAGAGAAUGUUGUCCAGUCAGGAGUUUACCCGUGACAACAAGCUGCAGGUCUGGAUCCUCGUCCCCAAGACCUUUGAUUCGGCCAACCCUCAACUCGAUCAAAUCCUGUCCGCAGUCGAGACCUUUGAGCGCCCUGGAAUCAUCGCCUCGAAGGACCAAGGUCUGAGGGAUGUGCUCUCGAUCAGCGUUGCCUCGGUCUUUGCUCCUGCCCACUACCGUGGACGUGGUUAUGCCUCCCUGAUGAUGAAGUAA